AUGAUUUCGACAAGAGCAGCAUCAUCACGAGCUCUGUCCUGCGCGCCGCGCAGGGUCAAAUGUCCAACAGCAAGGAGACAGUAUGGCACGGAUUAUGAACAGCGCACAAAGGAGAUACUGAAGACAUCAUCGCGACUGACGUGCGCAUCUUCCUCGAACGCCUCCUUGGCCACAGGAUCCUCGUCGGCCUCAUCAUCAACCUCGAACUCUUCAGACUUGAAACCCGGCCACCGCCACGAAGCCGCCUAUGCCUCCGACGUCCCCAAGCCCGUCGAAGAUCGCCACGGCGACACCGUCAACAAGCAUAGCAUCGCGGCGCGCAGGAAUCAGGAAAUGGUCCGUGUGGGCAAAUUCUCGGGCCAAGAGUUUGAUAAUCAUGAGUUGAAGCACACGCCUGGGAAACCAGGGGGUGACUUUGAGAAGAAGAACUAG